UUUUUAAGUUGGGUUCUGGUGGGUUGCAACAGAGCGGCUGAAACAGUGCACAACUCAUCAAAGCAGUGCAUUUUGAGUCGUUCAAUUUUUUCGGAGGGGCUCUAAAUUAAAAUUUGAGUGCAGUGGAUGUGAAAAGCGGGCGAAGGUUUAACACAGAACCGGAGGAAUGUAUCCAACUCGGGCAGCGGCGAGCCAGCGUCUCUGGAGAUGUCCAGUCUGCGCUCUCUGGAUCGCCCUGCUCCUCCAAGGCGUCCUGGACCUGAGCGCGUCUGAGUCUGAGUUUGCCCAAGACCCCAGUGUGAUAGCUACCACUUCAUGGAACAGCUCUAGUGAUGGGUCAUCCUUCAUUCGUCUUGAAGCUCCCAUGAACAACAUCACCACCUCUCUUGGCCACACAGCCGAGCUUUUCUGCCGUGUGGCCGGCAACCCGCCGCCCACCGUCCGCUGGCUGAAAAACGACGCCCCGGUGGUGCAGGAGCCACGGAGGAUCUCGUACCGAUCCACGCCUUACGGAUCACGCCUCCGCAUUCGCAACCUGGACACGACUGACACGGGCUACUUCCAGUGCGUGGCCACCAACACCCAGGGCACCGUGUCCACGACGGGCGUGCUGUUCGUCAAAUUCGAUCCAGCCCCUACACCUCUGGCAGGAAGGCCAACGAUUGAUUUUGACGAAGACGGAUUCUGCCAGCCGUACAGAGGUAUAGCCUGUGCCCGCUUCAUCGGUAACCGCAGCAUCUUUGUGGACUCGUUGCAGAUGCAGGGCGAGAUCGAGACACAGAUCACAGCGGCCUUCACCAUGAUCGGGACAUCCAACCAUUUGUCCGAUCGUUGCUCCCAGUUUGCCAUCCCUUCUCUCUGCCACUUUGCCUUCCCGACAUGCGACCGCAGCUCCGGGGCCGACAAACCUCGGGACCUGUGUAAGGACGAGUGUGAGAUCCUGGAGAACGACUUGUGUAAGACUGAGUACAUCAUCGCCCGCUCAAACCCCAUCAUCCUGAAGAGGCUGAAGCUGCCAAACUGUGACGACCUGGCUGCUUCUGACAGCCCCGAGGCUGCCAACUGCCUGAGGAUCGGCAUCCCCAUGGCCGAGUCCAUAAACAAGAAUCACAAGUGUUACAACAACAGCGGGGCAGACUACAGAGGCACAGUCAGUAUGACCAAGUCGGGCCGUCAGUGUCAGCCGUGGAACUCCCAGUAUCCUCACAGCCACACCUACCUGGCCGUCCGCUACCAGGAGCUGAAUGGAGGACACUCGUACUGCCGCAACCCCGGGAACAAACUGGAGGCCCCCUGGUGCUUCACGCUGGAUGAGGGGGUCCGCAUGGAGCUCUGUGACAUACCCGUCUGUGACCAUAAAGACAAGUCAGGCGGCAGCAACAUGGAGAUCUUGUACAUCCUGGUUCCCAGUGUGGCCAUCCCGCUAGCCAUCGCCUUGCUCUUCUUCUUUAUUUGCGUCUGCCGCAACAACCAGAAGUCGGCCAGGCCUCCUGCCCCUCGCCAGCCGAAACCGGUCCGAGGACAAAACGUUGAGAUGUCCAUGCUCACAACUGCAUACAAGCCAAAGAGUAAGGCCAAAGAGCUUCCCUUGUCGGCUGUGCGUUUCAUGGAGGAGCUUGGGGAGUGCUCUUUAGGGAAGAUCUACAAGGGUCACCUGUACCUGCCGGGCAUGGACCAGGCUCAGCUCGUGGCCAUAAAGACCCUGAAGGAUGUCUCGAAUGCCCAACAGUGGGCCGACUUCCAGCAGGAGGCUGCAGUGCUGACGGAGCUGCAGCACCCAAACGUGGUGUGCCUGCUGGGCGUGGUGAUCCAGGAGCAGCCUGUCUGUAUGCUGUUUGAGUUUUUGCCCCAAGGCGACCUCCACGAGUUCCUCAUCAUGCGCUCCCCGCACUCUGACGUUGGCUGCAGCAGUGAUGAGGACGGCACAGUGAAAUCCAGCCUGGAUCACGGAGACUUCCUGCACAUGUCCAUACAGGUGGCUGCUGGGAUGGAGUACUUGGCCAGCCACUUUUACACCCACAAAGACCUCGCAGCUCGGAACAUUCUAGUAGGUGAACAGCUCCACAUCAAGAUCUCCGACCUGGGUCUGUCCAGGGCCAUCUACUCCUCCGACUAUUACUGCAUCCAGCCCAAAACUCUGCUGCCCAUCCGCUGGAUGCCACCUGAGGCCAUCUCUUACGGAAAGUUCACCACAGACUCGGACAUCUGGUCGUUCGGAGUCGUGCUGUGGGAGAUCUUCAGCUACGGUCUGCAGCCCUACUACGGCUUCUCCAACCAGGAAGUGAUGGAGAUGGUGAGAAAGAGGCAGCUGCUGCCCUGCCCUGAGGACUGUCCGCCAAGGUUUUAUGCUUUGAUGAAUGAAUGCUGGCAGGAAGGACCAUCACGUCGAGCACGUUUCAAGGACAUCCACGGCCGCCUGCGAGCCUGGGAGGGGCUGUCAUCUCACGCCAGCUCUAGCACGCCUUCUGGUGGCGGAGGCAACGCCACCACCCAGACCACCUCUCUCAGCGCCAGCCCCGUCAGCAACCUCAGCAACCCCCGCUACGCUGCUGCCGCCGCCGCAGCGGGGUACCUCUACCCAGCCCAGGCUAUUCCCUCACCGGGCCAGAUGGCCCCGAUUCAAGCGUGGGCACCCAUGGCUGUGACGCAAACCCACCAGCGCUUUAUCCCAGUCAACGGAUACCCCAUCCCGCCAGGAUACGCAGCUUUCCCAGCCCACUUCCCUCCUCCGGCCCCACCCACCAGGGUCAUCCAGCACCACCUGCCCCCUCCCAAAAGCCGCUCACCCAGCAGCGCCAGCGGCUCCACCAGCACGGGUCAUGUCAGCGGAGUGCCCUCCACCACGGGCUCCAACCACGACGCCAACACGCCGCUGCUCUCCCACUGCAUCAUGCCGGGGAGCGGUGGAGCACCAGUUCAGGUGUACGGACAAAUUUGCCAGAAGGGAGUGGGACUGGACAACGCAUCACAAACAGCGCUGCUCGCUGCUGAUUCUGACGUACUCAUGUACAACGACUCGGUCAUCACCGCAGACCUGUAGAUACACAGAGUGGCGCUCACACUCUUUCUCCUCGGGACCCAUUUUUAGACAUUUCUCACACAGGGACCCAUCUAACAUUUGUACUCUGGUCACAUGGAGACCCAACAGAAAGUGGCCUGUACGCAUCAUCUGAGCGUGCAACAAACACUGCCGCAGCUACACACGUAUACACGCAGCUGUCUGACUUUUUAAUGCCUUAUUGUUUAAAGCAUG